AUGUUACCUACAAAUCAUAAAACAAUAUUUGUGCUAGAUCAUACUCCAUAUUUUGGGAUUUCAUCUGAUUUCCCUAUUGACUUCGAUGUUUCUAAAAGCCGGGGCGCUGGAUAUGUACCCUUACCGGCAAUUUGCAAAUCUUUGUGGACUUGCAGCGUUGAAGCUUCCGUGGAAUACUGUCGAAUCGUGUGGGAUUUAUUUCCCGAAGGAAAAUUGGUGAGAUUCAUUGUAAGCGAUGCAGCCGCUCACAUCCUUAAUACUUGGGCACUAGCUCAGCAAAAUUUAACUCAUAUUUUAAAUGGUCUAUGCUUAGUGGGACCAGUGAGAAGAGGUGCUGGUGGCGAUGUGGUGGGAUUAUGUGCAGCUAUUGAGUCACUGGCCGAGGCCUCACCUAUACAAUCCUCACGACCAUCCACUGAAAGACUCUUUCAGAAUCGUGGUCGCAUAAUAUGUAUAACAAGUGCAAGGGAUGAUGAUUCUAUAAGAAGUUUAGCAGAAAUUGCCAUGAAUACCCUGGUACAACAAAAUAAGAAGGCAUCGGUUGCUCAACCACCUACCACUACUGAUGCAUCUACAAGCACACAGUCUUUGGUAGUACAUUAUUGCCACUUAGUUAUAAUUAAUGUUACACCUGAAAAAGCUGAGACAAGAGUCAAUAAUCAGCCGCUUACAGAGAUGGGUGGCGGUAUAAUGGGCGUUGAAGUAAUUGUGUGUAGAGCGAGCACGUUAGCCAAUUUAUUAGGAAAACUCGUUCUUCCACACUAUAGACUCGCUAUAACCACGGUCACUGGUAUUCCUAUGAAAGAAGAGCAAAAUGCUAGUUCUAGUGCAAAUUACGAUGUGGAGAUAGUACAUUCAGCGGAGGCCCAUGCAGGGCUUCGGGCUUCACAAACAGCUGCCGAAGCGACUGAGUCGGUGGUGCUACGUUGGUGGACGCCACGGGGUGCGGAAGGGGGGGCCGGGGGCUGCAAUGGGCCUUUGUGGAGGGUGACUCCAGCAGAUGUCGCCUCGCGUCCUUCCGCCUGUCUCGUGAACUUCUUACUUAAUGGCCGAUCGGUCACUUUGGAAGUGCCCACAAGAAAAGCAGGCUGCAGAUCAGCAUCCCAUGUUUUAGCAGCGCAGGGUGGGGAACUAUGGAUUGGGGCAUUGGGUGGAAGGACUCCAUAUGAAGAUCCACCCGCUUUGUCAGAGGGGGCUGGUGGAAGAGUCACGGAUUAUAGAAUAAAGGAAUUCGGAGCCCUAAUGCAACAGAACAAAAUUCACCCGUUAAGAGGGAACGGUUCGAAUACGCGUGCACGUACGAAGCUCCAACGGCACACGACGUACUGGCCGCUCACUAUUUCUUCCACGCUUAUAUUUAACUUGGGAUCUGUAAUGGAACCCCUAACACGACUAGUCGUUCAAGAAUCGUUAACGGAAGACGAAGUGGAAUCAUGUCGUGGGGUCCUUCUCUCAUUAUUGGGAAUGGAGACGAGGCAUGAGUUCCCUUCCGCGCAAUUACCAACUAAUUUGAGAGGUAAAUCAAGCGGGCGUCGCGAGGAACAAUGGCGACAAGUAUGGGGCGAACUAGAGGCACUAGUACGGGCACAUUCUAACUCUAGCCCACAUCGAGCUCUUUUGCGGACCUUACUUGAGUGUAAGUCGCACAACCAUAGUAAUGAAGGUGAUUCGUCAAGAGCGACGGUAAUACGCGCUACCACAGAUUCGCCAUUAUCUCCCGUCGGGGCUGGUAAUGGUAAUGGCGAUGUCUGGGCACCAAGAAAUGCUCUGGACGCUCUUCUGGGUGCACCCAGACCGCCACGGAGACCAGACUUCGCUGGUCGUCUUACCGCUGGAAACAGAAUAGCAACACUCUACCCACAAAUGCAGCAGGAUGUUGAAACUCAGAAUUAG